GCCAACUACGUGGAUAUCAACAAGUUCCUCACCGCCCGUGGCGAGCUCAUCACCGACUACGACCGGAUGAUGGCCGUCAAGUUUGGGACCCAGUACCUACGCCGUGAUGGGACGUUUGUGCUGCAUGUUGUCCUGAAGAACUCCAACUCUGUGGUGAUGGGAGACCUCAUCUCGGAGCUGUGGAAGAUGUACAAAAGCAAACCUCUUCCCCCCAAGGCCUGGGCCGGCCAGGGUGACGUCAUGUACAUCUAGCGGUAACGGUGGUACGUGGUGACGUCAGUGUUCUAUUUUCUGGAGGUGUCGAUUGGCUGAGUGACGUCAUGCAGUGUGAUCUCCUGUUUGUCUAGCAGCAGUAAUCAUUGAUCUGUCUGUUCUGUCUGUUUUGUCCGUCUUUGCCUCUCGCUCUCU